AUGUCUCAUAGGCAACGGCAUCCUGUGAUCAGUGAGGCAGAGUGGGAGCGGGUAAGAUCUGUCAUUCAACGACUGUAUCUACAGCAAGAUAUGGCAUCGACCUUCGUGUUGACGGCACUCAGGACCAUGCACAAAUUUCACGCAUCCAAAGCUCAGUUAGAAUGGAAACUCAAGGAAUGGCACAUGUUCAAGAACAUGUCCGCCCAACAAUGGAAGUGCGUCGAUGUCCGAGUUCGCGAGCGACUAAGCCGCGGGAAGAGGACCAGUCUGUAUCUCUCUGGAAUCCCAUUGAGGCCUGCGGCGGUGAAGAAAGCAAGAGCGCGGCACUGUCAUACAUCAGUUGUGGAGAAAUUCAAACCACGUAAGAACUUUCGACUUCUCAUGUCCCGGAGAUGGAUCAAACAUGAUCAUGAUGGUUCUCCUAUGCUCUGUCCUCUCACUGAAUGUUUUCCAGCCAUGCCCACGCCAUCGUUACCUAGGGACUUUCCACUGAUAAUCCGAACUCCAUCGCCUAUCAAAGAGGCUCGAUAUUCCUGUGCCAUACAGAAUCUGCCUUGGUUGCAGUGUCAGCAACUCUUGAGCGGUAUGUUCGAGUUAUAG